UGUUAUAUUGGAAAGUAGGGCAGCUUUCAUCGCACAUGUCAAAAUAAGAACUUUGGGAUGUGAGAAAGAAUGAAAUAUUCAAUUGAUUCAUCCUAUUAUAAUAUUGACUAAUUCAAAUUCCAUUUUUAUCUUAAUUUCAUUUGAUUCAGUACAAAAUAUGAAUUCAAAAAUUGAACAGGUGUUCUUCGUCUCCCGCCAUUGACAGAAUGCUGUAGAGAUUUACACUGAGAUUUUGUUAGAGAUUUCGUAUAAAAAAGUUCAAAAUAGUCUUUGUUGCUACUUGUGUUAGCUCAAACAGUAGUAUUCAACUAUAUUUAAUUCUAUUAAACACUCAUAAACAAACAAAAUUGUGUUUAAAUCUCUUUAGGCGUGGUUUUUUCAAACAAGGAUUCAGGUGGCAGUGUGGUGGGGGUCGGAAUUUGUUUCACAACGCAAGACAGCAGCAGGGCAGCAGCAUCAGCAUCAGUGUCGUCAGCGAACUAACUAAAGUAGUUGACAGCUGUAUGAGUCAGACGUGUUUCGUGUUUCCUUCCUUCAACGUUUUAAUUUUAUUAAUUUCUAGUUUUUAGUUAUUUCUAAUUCAUCUAAUCGCGAUGUCGUCGAGAAAGACAGCCGGCCGCCGCGCCACUACCAAGAAGCGCGCACAGCGAGCCACAUCCAAUGUGUUCGCCAUGUUCGACCAGGCGCAGAUCCAGGAGUUCAAGGAGGCAUUCAACAUGAUCGACCAGAAUCGUGACGGAUUCGUCGACAAGGAAGACCUCCAUGAUAUGCUUGCAUCUCUUGGCAAGAACCCGAACGACGACUACCUGGAGGGCAUGAUGAACGAGGCGCCAGGCCCAAUCAACUUCACCAUGUUCCUGACGCUGUUCGGCGAGCGGCUGCAGGGCACUGACCCCGAGGAUGUCAUCAAGAAUGCGUUCGGCUGCUUCGACGAGGACAACACCGGCUUCCUCAGCGAGGAGCGACUGCGCGAGCUCCUCGUCACCAUGGGAGAUCGAUUCACCGACGAAGAUGUUGAUGAAAUGUAUCGGGAGGCUCCAAUCAAGAACGGUAUGUUCGAUUACAUUGAAUUCACACGCAUUCUGAAGCAUGGAGCGAAGGAUAAGGACGAACAGUAGAAGUAAAACCUUAUUGGAUGUAUCCAACUGUUUAUUACUUAAAGCCAAGCAAUAAUCAUUUUUUGCAUUUAUUUAUAAAUUCAUUUUAUUGGAGGGUAUAUCUUUGAAAACAUUUUCACACUUUUACACUGAUUGCCAAGAUUUCUUCUAUUAGGGUUCUACUUUGUCACUUGGAACUCAGCCACCUUCUAAGUAUUUCUCAUUUUUUCUAUUCAGUUACCAGACACUUUAUGGUCUAUUUUCCUAUGAGAAACUUGAUGUUUUAUUCACUACCACUGUACUUAUGUUCUCUUUCCAUCCAAACGAUUCACCCGGCUUUUAACAUCAACUUUUUGAUAAUGUAUUAUUGAAAAAUUAUACUUACUAAUAUAAAAUUAGACUUUGAUCUACUAUAUUGUUAUAUAUUUCUUAUCUUAGUAAAAUAUUUAUGAAAAAUAUUUUAUACAUUAUAAUGGAUAAUAUAAUGAGAUUGUGUUUUAAAUAUGUUUCAUUACCUUUACCUUUCUCAUUAUCCUCUUUCGGUAUUCUGUACUCAUUUUAUAAUAAAUAAUUGAUGUGUAUUAUCAAAAGGUCUUCAAGCUUCCAAAUUACCAACAGAAUAAACUUCUCUGGGUAUUGAUUUAAAAUAAAAGAAAGUAUAUCAAGACCCAGAGGCUAAUAGUUCACUCUAAGUUAUUUUUAUAUUGAUAUAUAUUUUCUUCUAAUGAGAACCUACAUAGCCGAGACAUUGAUAAGCAAGCCUACCGAACUAUUAUUCUAUUUAGGUUCAAUUAUUUUGUGCUUGGACAGUUUAACUUGACUUGAGUGUUCUUUAGCACUGGAAAUGCUGACUGUUCAAAGUCGUCUCACUACAAUGAAUAUUUCAAUUCUUAUAAUAUUAUAUUCCAGUAUAUUUUAGGCUAACAAAGAAACUCACUAUAGUAUUAUAAUAAAAAACGUUUUAUUCAACACAAAAAUUAUACAGAGUUGUUACAACUUGUUUACAUAACAGUAACUGAUUAUAAAAAAAAAUGUUACAAUAUAGAAGGAUACAAACGUUUUGUUAACAAAUAUUGAGAAACUGAGUAAAUAUUAAUAAACUACAGUACUUCAUCAGUUGUGCUUUUAACCAAUAAAUUGGUUUUAGUUCCCAUCAA